AUGGCUGCCGGACUUAAGACGGUUAUAUUACUUGCGUUUGUGCUGGCUGUCGGGUUCUUGUUGAUCAUCCUCUCGUGUGCGUUGUGGAAUAACUGGUUACCUUUGCUCCGCUACUAUUCGUCUUGCCCGCUUCCAAACGCGAUAUUUUCCCAUUGCGGCUCGGAGGACUUUACAGAUUACGACGGGAAUAACGCGGCCGUUGAUAUCGGAAGGUUCUUGACUUCCAUCAUCGUUAUUACCGCCUUUGCCCUCCCGCUUGUGCUGGCACAUGCCGAUGUAAUCAAGCCCACGGCGUGUGGGAUGGCAAUCGUUGGUGGUGCGUUGGUCUAUGGAACCAUUCUGUCAUACACCGCGGUGUUCAAGACAGGAGAGGAUGAGUUUUGA